AUGGCCGACUUUGAGGCGCUCAAGGACCAGUGGAGCGAGAUCGAGGACAGAGAUGGCCUCCGCCUCAGUUGGAACACGUUUCCAAGCUCGCGCAUGGAAGCAUCUCGCCUUGUCGUCCCCAUUGGCGCCCUAUAUACCCCUCUGAAGGAGAAGACCGACUCCCCGCUGCUCCAAUAUCAGCCCGUUGUCUGCAGAGCACCAUGCAAGGCCGUCCUCAACCCCUUCUGCCAGAUUGACAUGCGCGCCCGUGUCUGGAUAUGUCCUUUCUGUCUCAACCGCAACUCUCUCCCACCCCACUACAAGGACAUCUCUGAGCAGCAAAUACCCCCAGAGCUGCACGCAGCUAGCACCACGAUCGAGUACCGUCUCCCUCAGCCUGUAGACACUCCUCCCAUUUUCCUCUUCGUCGUCGACACAUGCCAGGAAGAAGACAGUCUGAAGGCUCUCAAGGAUUCAAUCAUCAUGAGCUUGAGUCUUCUCCCCGCAUACGCUCUCGUCGGUCUCAUUACAUAUGGCACUAUGGCUCAAGUUCAUGAGCUGGGUUACACCGAGUGCGCCAAAUCCUACGUCUUCCGCGGUAGCAAGGAUUACUCCUCCAAGCAGGUCCACGAGAUGCUUGGCCUCAGCCAGAUGGCUGCGCGACCGGGCGUUCCACAACAACCUGGCCGACCUCCUAUGGCACCCCCAGCAGGAGCCGGCGCACGCUUCAUACUCCCCGUUUCGCAGUGCGAAUUCCAAUUGACCAACGCCCUCGAGGCCCUUCAGCGAGAUCCCUGGCCCGUCGCAAACGACAAGCGCCCUCUGAGGUGUACCGGUGUCGCGCUCAGUGUUGCUGCUGGACUUUUGGAGACACAAUUCGUGAACAAGGGCUCCCGUAUCAUGCUGUUCAGUGGUGGCCCAGCGACCGAGGGUCCUGGUAUGGUUGUUGGACCCGAGCUCCGUGAACCCAUUCGAUCGCACCACGAUAUCGACCGCGACAACAUCAAGUACUACAAGAAGGCUCUCAAGUUCUACGAGAACCUUGCCAAGCGCGUUUCGCACAACGGCCAUAUUGUCGAUAUAUUUGCCGGAUGUCUUGACCAGGUCGGUCUGCUCGAAAUGCGUGGCCUUGCCAAUUCAACCGGUGGACAUAUGAUCUUGACGGACAGUUUUACUUCGUCCAUGUACAAGCAGUCCUUUGCGCGUGUCUUUAACAAAGACGCUGACGACAAUCUCCUGAUGGCUUUCAACGCCAGCCUCGAGGUUCUUACCACAAAGGAGUUGAAACUUAGUGGUCUAAUUGGUCAUGCAGUUUCACUCAACAAGAAGUCCGUAGCAGUUGGCGAGACCGAGAUUGGUAUUGGAAGCACGUGCGCAUGGAAGAUGUGUGGUAUCGAUCCCGAGUCUUCGUACGGUAUUUACUUUGAGAUUGCCAGUCAGGGAGGACCGAGCCAGAUGCAAUCAGGCCAGCAGCAGGCUCUUAUCCAAUUCCUCACACACUACCAGCACUCGUCUGGCCAGUACCACCUGAGAGUUACCACCGUGGCUCGACCGCUGAGUGGUCCGUCUGGCGACCCCGCCAUUGCCCAAUCCUUCGAUCAAGAAGCCGCUGCAGUACUCAUGUCGAGGAUAGCAGUCUUCAAGGCUGAGGUUGACGACGGCCCAGACGUCUUGAGAUGGGUUGACCGCAUGUUGAUCAGACUAUGCGCUCGCUUUGCCGAAUACAGGAAGGACGAUCCUUCGUCAUUUAGGCUCGAAAAGAACUUCACGCUAUACCCGCAGUUCAUGUUCCAUCUCCGUCGUUCGCAAUUCUUGCAAGUCUUCAAUAACUCUCCUGAUGAGACUGCCUUUUACCGUCACGUCUUGAACCGCGAGGAUGUCAGCAACUCACUUAUCAUGAUUCAACCGACUUUGGACAGCUACGGCUUUGAUCAUGAAGGCGGUCAGCCUGUACUCCUGGACUCCAGCUCGAUUCAAAAUGAGACCAUUCUGUUGCUCGACACAUUCUUCCACAUCCUCAUUUUCCACGGCGAGACUAUGGCAGAAUGGAGGAAGGCUGGCUAUCACGAGCAAGAGGGUUACGAGAACUUCCGAACGCUCUUGGAAGCGCCCAAGGAGGACGCCAAGGAGCUCAUCCAAGAUCGCUUCCCACUUCCCCGUUUCAUUGUGUGCGAUGCUGGUGGUUCGCAAGCCCGUUUCCUACUCAGCAAGCUCAACCCUUCGACAACACACACUACCGGAACCUAUGGUGGCGUUGCGCAGACCGCACAGACCAUUUUCACCGAUGACGUCAGUUUGCAAACAUUCAUGGAUCAUCUGAUGAAGCUCGCCGUAUCAGGCACUGGUUAA